AGGAGAGAGAGAAGGGGGGGAAAGACCGAAAGAGCGAGCAGCAGCAAGAGGGGCAAUCCACCCCAACUCUCUCAAAAUCCGCCAUUCCCCUCCGCCGCAAACACGCGCCGAAGCUCGCGGCGGCACCUCCGCCGGUCCUCCAACGCGGGGCCUCCGCCCCGUCUGAUCCGGCGCCGGCGGCCACGAUCUCGCUUCUGGUCCCGGCAGGCCGCCGCGAAUUGGGUUGGCGUUACCGUGGGCGGGGCCCUUUUUUUGAUCUAGUAGCCUCGGGGUUGACUGGAUGGCGGGGAAGGAGCAGAGCGGCGGCGGGCGGCCGCCGGUGCCCGCGGCAUCCAUGCAACCGCCGAUUAAGAAGUUGGUGAGGCAGCUCGACUUCAACUCGGCGGUGUUGGCGGGGAACCCUGCGAUGGCGGCAGCCGCGGCCGCUGUGUCCAGGGCGCUGCAGCCGAGGGCGGUGCCCGUGGGGUUCCCGCAUCCGCAGCACGCGAGGGCUGUGGUGCCGUUGGGGGUGCCGCAGCAGCUGCAGGCGCGGGGGCUGCCGGUGAUGCGCCCGCAUCAAAUGGUGGGGCACGUGCCGCUGCCGCUGCCGCGGCAGGCGGUGUCGGUGUCGGUUCCCGUACCGCAGCUUCGCCCGACGCAGGCGCAGCCAGUGCCACGGCCCCCGGUUGCCGUUCCCUUGAAGCCAGAGUCACCGAAACCGCGGGCAAGACUCUAUGAAGGGAAAGAUGGCACCCCCACGAAGAAGAAGUGCUGCAACUGCAGGAACUCCAGAUGCUUGAAGUUGUACUGUGAAUGUUUUGCUUCUGGUGUUCAUUGUGAUGGAUGCAACUGCACCAACUGUUUUAAUAAUGUUGAGAAUGACGCCGCCAGACGUGAAGCUAUUGAUGCUACAUUGGAGCGUAAUCCAGAUGCAUUCAGGCCUAAGAUUGGGAGCAGCCCACAUGCGAAUCGGAGUAAUGAGGCAUCAGGGGAUCUCCCUUUAGUAGGGAAGCAUAAUAAAGGGUGCCACUGCAAGAAGUCAGGAUGCCUCAAGAAGUACUGUGAGUGCUUCCAAGCUAAUAUACUAUGCUCCGAAAAUUGCAAGUGUAUGGAUUGCAAAAAUUUUGAAGGGAGCGAAGAAAGAAGAACUAUUUUCCAAGGGGAUCAAAAAAAUGCCAUUCACAUGCAGCAAGCAGCAAAUGCAGCAGUAAAUGGUGCCAUUGGGGUUACAGGAUUUCCUUCUCCUUCCACAUCAAGGAAGAGGAAACACAUAGACCCUUCACUUGACCAUUCGAAUAAAGAACAUGUAGUGAACAGGAAUGGCCACCUACCUCAGAAGAAUGCAGUACCUGAUGGUUCACUUCCAAUAAGCCAGUCUGCGCAUCCUCCUACUCUGGGCCCCUUUAAAGUUACCUACAGGCCCCUUUUAGCAGAUAUUGUUCAAGCAGAGGACAUAAAAGAACUCUGUAAGCUUUUGGUGGUGGUAUCAGGAGAGGCUGCAAAGGCAUACACCGGUAGGAAAGCCCAGCAAGAGGUGGUGUCAGAGAAGGAAGAUGAAAGGGGAAGGAAGAAGGAAGAUAAUAAGGGAGGUUCCCUAGCGUCGACAAACCAUGAUAGAGAAGAAAAUAAUCAAGAUCCAGAUAAAAAAGCAUCAGUUGAUGACCGUUCAAACGGAGCACCUCAUACAGACAAAGCUCUUUUAGAAGAAUCCAGACCUAAUUGUGCUGAUGAUCAGAAGUCCAAUAGGCCUAUGUCUCCUGGAACACUAGCACUGAUGUGUGAUGAACAAGAUACAAUGUUUACGACUUCUCAAAAUGUUGUUGCUCAGCAGACGGUUGCUGUUAACGAGAACCAAUCUGAACUGUAUGCAGAACAAGAAAGAUGUGUGCUGACGGAAUUCCGUGAGUGCCUCCGUAAGCUUGUGACAUGCGGAAGAAUGAAAGAGGAAAGGUACACCAUGGCGAUCAAAUCUGAAGUAUCUGGCCAUCCUGGACAGGUAAAUGGUGUUUCUCAAGUACCGCAUUCAAAAGUAGAUGCACCUGCUGUUGUAAAAACAUUUCUGCAGAGUUCCAGCAGUCAUCCUGUAGCUGGAAACCCUGUUACUGGGCAUUUGGACAAAAAACUGAAGCCUGAGAAUACAUAGGUGUCUCAGGUUUGUAUUUGGGGUGUAACAAUGAUCAAGAGAAUCAUGUUUUGCACCCUCUUAACAGGUUGACCAGAUACAUGUAUCAGUCUUGAUCAAUAAUUUAGAUUCUAGAGAGUUCCAAUUUAUUCUCAUUGGUCAGAAUAAGUGUAAUGCUGGAUAGUUAGUUUAGUCAUAAAUGCAUUUAACCUUAUCGUAUUAUCUACAUUUAAUUCCUCUCC